UCCGGCUGUAUGCGGAACCUUGACACCGGUUCACAGGGUAGCGCUUUUAACGUCGGCUGCUCUCACUGUGUCCCAGUGUAAUUCUCUUUCUGGUCGUUUCCUUUCCGAGCGUUUCAUUCGCCUCGUCGUUGUCAAAAUGCCUUUAAAGUUUGAACUCUGUCCCGGCAGAAUGGUCGGAGGCUCCCACCCAUGCUUCAUCAUCGCUGAAAUUGGACAAAACCAUCAGGGAGACAUGGAGAUUGCCAAGAAAAUGAUCAAGAUGGCCAAGGAGUGUGGAGCUGACUGUGCCAAAUUCCAGAAAAGUGAGUUAGACCACAAGUUUAACAAGAAAGCCUUGGAGCGUCCAUACACGUCUAAGCACUCAUGGGGGAAAACCUACGGAGAACACAAGCGCCAUCUAGAGCUCAGCCACGAGCAGUACAGGGAGCUGCAAAAAUAUGCUAAAGAGGUUGGCAUCUUCUUCACCGCCUCAGGAAUGGAUGAGAUGGCGGUGGAGUUCCUCCAUGAGCUCAACGUGCCUUUUUUCAAAGUUGGCUCCGGAGACACCAACAACUUCCCUUAUCUGGAGAAGACAGCAAAGAAAGGUCGUCCCAUGGUGGUGUCCAGCGGGAUGCAGUCCAUGGAGACAAUGCGGCGGGUCUACCAGAUGGUGAAGCAGCACAACCCAAACUUUGCCAUCCUGCAGUGUACCAGUGCCUACCCUCUGGAAGCCGAGGAUGUCAACCUCCGAGUUAUCAUGGAAUACCAGAAGGAAUUCCCUGACAUUCCCAUUGGCUAUUCUGGCCAUGAGUCUGGGAUUUCCAUCUCAGUGGCUGCCGUGGCUCUGGGAGCAAAGAUUGUGGAGCGUCAUGUGACCUUGGACAAGACGUGGAAAGGAACCGACCAUGAAGCCUCCCUGGAUCCCUCAGAGCUGGCAGAGCUGGUCAGGUCCAUCAGACUGGUGGAGAGGGCUUUGGGUACUGGCCUCAAGCAGAUGUUACCCUGCGAGAAGCCAUGCCAUGACAAGCUGGGUAAAUCUGUGGUGGCCAAGGUGAAGAUCGCCAAGGCCACAGCCCUGACUCUGGACAUGUUGACGGUGAAAGUGGCCGAACCGAAGGGGGUUCCUCCAGAGGAGAUCUUCCAGCUGGUCGGGAAGGUUGUGACUGAGGACAUUGAGGAGGAUGAGAGCAUCGUCCCGGAGAUCUUGGACAACUAUGGGAAGAAGACUAAGUGCUGAGAAAAUAAUUGAACCUUAGAAAAUUCAAAUACUAUGUAAUACUACUCGGCCAAAUGAUGCCUUUACCUCAUUGGUGCCCUGGGUUUAAUCCUAAAAAACAAUAAAUUUUUCAAUCUGCAAAACCCACGUAUUUGGAAUAAACAGGGUGGGUUUUGCAAAUAAGCUCUCACCAAAAUGGGAUGAGAAACUUGGUUGUAAGUUUAACACUGUGGUCAUUAAGUGUACAACAGUGCUCUUUAGGAAGACUCAAAGCUAGUGCAACCCGUCUGCUGAACACACAUCAUGCACUAUAGUGUCUCCAGACACUGUACCACAAUGAAUGGAAAUACACUGUGGGGAAACUACUACCAUUCUCACCAUCCAAAACUGAUAUUGAGCAUCUUAGCCAAAUAUUAGGCAUAUUCUUCACAAAACACUCACUUAAUUUGAUCUUCCAGGCACACAAAAAAAAAAAACCACACUGAAAAGUUUAAAUUCCUUUUCAACUGUAAAACCAACCAAACCAAGUCCCUCAUUUUAAGCUAUUGAAAAUAUGACAUUAAAAUAUCAGAAUCAUGUUUAUUUGACUCCAAUUUCAUGGCCCUCUGUGUAUUUAACAUAGAAUAACAACACUACAACACAACAAUCUUCAGAUAUAUACACAAGGAUUUACUUUUACAGAAAAAAUAAGAGGUGAUAAGGUGCAAUGGUGCAAAUAUAUCAGAUACUGAAAUAGAUGUUUGCAGGUUACAUACAUACCUGAGGUAGAUGGACAGGACAGAGCGUACCAGUAUACCUACAAUGUACAGUAUAAUAUGGAUAAGACCUUCCUGAUGUGCCAACUCAUCAAGUGAGUGGCAAUACACCACCCUGCUCAGGAUUCAACACAAAAGCUACAUUACAUCUGCAGCAGAGAUAGAAAUAUUUACUAUUCAUCUAUGGCUGUAUUGGGGGUGUCUAUUAUUUACAAUGUGUCAAAAGCCACAGUGUACAAUUCCCAGAGUGACAUCAGGGAAUCGCACUACAUACGUAUUUUACUUACAGGUCAGCUUCUGUUGGAAGUGUCAGCCCCUCAAAGCCACAACCUCCCCGUUUCAUGGCGGUUUCUCCAUCAGCUCACUCAGUGCCUAGCAAAGUGGGAACAGGAGAGAAGUAUCUUAACAUUGUCCUGUUAACCCACUUUUGAGUAAAGGCCUGGACACCUGAGAUGUGUACAGUUAAGGGUUAGGGAUGCAUAUGUUUUUUUUUUCCUUUCUCAUACUUUGGUGUAACGGUCUGGACAUUUGAGAUGUGUACAGUUAAGGGUUAGGUAUGCAUAUGUUUUUUUUUCUUUCUCAUAGUUUGAAGUUGAUUACAAAAUGCUGUGUGCUAUUUAAUCAGUGUCUCCCUGACAGUAUGAAAGAAAAACGGUUAAGACUGAGGUGUAUUGUUUACAUGUUGGUGGAUAUUUGGACAAGGAAUAAAAAUAAUGAUGCAG